AGACCAGAUUAGGCCCUGGUUGGGUUCAGCUGCUCGUCACCUUCAGGUAAGUGAAACUAGGUCAUAAACCACUCUAACGUUUGGAGGAAGUAACAUUUCAACCAGAGCUGAAAAUAACUGGUGGUUGUUCAGAAGGCUCCACAGCCGGUCGGGUGAGCUCCAGGUGACGUGCCGUAGCCGUGGGUCAGGUCGGUCCGGUUGAGUAGAUGUGCUGCCGUUGAUGAUUGGUCCGACUGCAAGAGGAAACCAGUAGAGCUGCUGCUGGGCGUGGCUCGGGCUCUCAGCCGCCACUUCCCCUCUGCAGCUGCAGCUUUCACAUCAUCUCUGGACUCGGAGGAGACCACUGCAGGAGACAUGAGCAUCCACAGCGACGCUUCCAACGAGGAGCUGGGCGACGAGCUGGAGACGCUGGGGUGGUACCACUACGACCUGUCCCGCCACGCUGCAGAGGCUCUGCUGCUGUCCAACGGCUCUGAUGGGAGCUACCUGCUGAGGAACAGCAACGAGGGCCCGGGCUGCUUCGCCCUCUCCGUCAGGGCCAAGGACUCCGUGAAGCAUUUCCAUGUGACACGCAGAGAUCACGUCUACGCGUUUGGCUUUAACGAGUUCACCAGUCUUCAGGACUUCAUCGACCACUUCGCCAACCAGCCGCUCCUGGGAAGCGAUGCAGGAACCCUCGUGGUGCUGAGGUCUCCAUAUCCAUGGCGUGUGGAGGAACCAUCCAUCUAUGAGUCGGUGCGCGUUCACACGGCCAUUCAGACGGGCCGAACGCACAACGACCUGGUGGCCAACGCGCCUCCGCUGGGAACGAAGGAAGGUUACCUGGUGAAGCAGGGAGCGAUUGUGAAGAACUGGAAACAGAGAUGGUUCACACUGACCCGGUACGAGCUCCGAUACUUUAAAGAUAAAACGUGUGCAGAGCCGAUCCGGACUCUGGAUCUGCGGUCCUGCUCCGCGGUCCAGUUCGACUACUCUCAGGACCGAGUCAACUGCUUCUGUUUGGUGUUUCCUGAGCGAACCUUUUAUCUGUGUGCUAAGACAGCGGUGGAGGCCGACGAGUGGAUCAAGAUCCUCCAGUGGAAACUGUCUCAGGUAAGAAGAGGCCGAUGACACUCGUCUGCAGCUUCCUCCUCCAGGUUGUCGUGGAAACGGUGAAUGAGAACCAUCCGGAACAGGACUCAUAUUUUAAAUGAAUUCUGUUCAUUCUGAAGAUCUUUAUGGGUCCAUCAGAAGAUCAACUGCUUCACCAGUUAGCUGGAAGCUCAGACAUGUCAGGGUUCUGAUGCUCGCCAUGCUGUAUGCCAGCAGCAAAGCAUUGUGGGUAGAAUUGACAUGUGAGUGGCUUAUUUAUAUCUCCACAUGAGAAUGUGAGUUUCCAGAAGCAGGAGAACCAGUUUUAUUGUGGAAACACUUUGUUCAUGACUGAUGAAUGUUUAAAUUAAAGCCUCUGAAACCAUCUGGA